UUUCAUUGUUGAGGAGGUGAAAACAAGAGGGAGAGAAAAGCAAAAUGGUUCAAUUCAGUUGGAUUAAUACGUCUUUAUUUGUGAUACUGGUGCUUCAGUUUACAGCUGUAACUGGACAGAACUCUCCCUCCUUCACUGUCAAAGUUGGAGAUGAAGUCACUUUGCCUUGUGAAAAUGUGAUAAAUAAUCAGGACAAGUGUGACAGUACUUCCUGGGUUGUCAGUCGUUAUAUUGAGACAACAGAGCUGGUUACACAUGGGAAGAUUAGUAAAAAUGAGAUUUCCAAAGUUAAAUCAGACAGAAUGAGUGUUACAGAGAACUGUUCUCUGGUUAUAAAGAACGUCACAGACGAGGAUGUUGGUCGUUACACCUGCAGACAGUUCAACAAAUCAGGACAACAACAAGGUCCAGACUCUCAGGUUCAUCUGUCUGUUAUUAUCAUGAAACACUUUCAGAACAAUGAUCAGGUCAGCUUGUACUGCAAUGUGUUUACAUUUGGCGAGUGUGGACACACAGUCGAGUGGUUGUAUCAGGGCGAUGAGAACGACACGGCGACAUCACAGGGUUCCUGUUCAGAUAUUGUGGUAUUUACUCCUCGUCUUAAUCAGAAUUCAAACUAUUCUGAGUUACUGAAGUGUAACGUGACAGAUAACAAGAGUGGACAGAUGCUGCUGUGUAGCGUUGGCCCCCAGUCCUCAUGUCAGAAAACAGUUCGUACGACAAAAUCAAAAGGUAUCACAACAGAGGGGAGAAACGAAACUCUACUCACAAAGGUUGAAACUACAUUGAAACAAGUUCCAGGUUGGUGGCGGUACAUCAUUGUGUCUGUAGUUUUAGCAGCACUCUCAAUAAGUGUUGUGGCGGUCAAAAUAUGGACGAAAACUAAAAGGGAACAAAACACAGAUGGAUGAAAAUGUUGCGGCUCCUGAAGAUGGUGUUUCGAAGCUACACCAAGGUGCCCAACCGUAAGGCCCAGGUAAGCUGUUGGAUUGGUUAUCCAAAAGAAGUCGGAGCCAGCAAAUUUAAUGACAAUUCAUCCAAUAAUUGUUAAGACAUUUCACUUAAAACCACAAAUGUGAACCUCAUCCUGGUGCUCAAGGAAAAAUCAGGGAAUCACCAAAAUCAUCAAGGUUCGUUCUUUGUGAGCGAUGAAUGUCUGUGCCAAAUAUUGUGCCAAUACAUAAAGUAGACGUUGACAUAUUUCACAAAAUAAUUCAAAACUUUGAACUGCUUCUUGCUCUAAAGGAGAAGUCAGAGAAGUCAGAAGUUAUUAAGAUUCAUCCUCCUGGACUCGAAUGUCUGAAUAAAAUUGUCACUACAAUCGAUCCAACAGUUGUUGAGUAUUUCAGUACUUCAUUUCUAAAGUACUGGACGGGCCGAUCAACUGGCAGACACAUAUAUAAAAUUUGUGAGCGCUUGUGAGGACUUUGUAAUAAGUUGUCUUCCAUUGCUGUCUGUGGCAGUGUGUUACAGUGUGAUGUGUUCUGAGACAAGGAUUUAGUUACUUGUGUUGUGCUUAUACAGUUUUACACUGUAUUGUGGCGUAUCACAAUGAGUUCUGUUGUGUUUAUGCAUGUUUUGAUGUAUUUCAUUUAAUAGUUCCCUGAGUUUAUGUCCAGUUUAAUGUCAGGAUGAUGCUUUGCACUGUUGUCUGUCAUUGAGUUGGAUUACAACAUGCUGAAUGUC